AUGCUGAAAUGUGCUUAAGUACAAUAGACAAUGAGUUUCUGAUCGGGUAAGAGAGGUUUUUGGGUGCGUGAGAGAGAAAUUUUGUGUGUGUGUGUGUGAAUGUGAGUUUUUUUUUUUUGCAUGUGAGAGUAUUUUUGGGUGGAUGUGUGUGAGAGUUCUUUUGGGCGAUGAGAGUUUUUUCUGGGGUGUGUGAGAGGUAUUUGGUAUGUGACAGUUUCUUUGGUGUGUGAGGUUUGUUGACGCGUUUUUUGUUUGUGACAGAGUUUGUUGGUUUUGGUGGGUGUGAGUUGUUUUUUUGGUUUACUCGCGAGAGAGAGGUUUUUAGGUGGGUGUGAGUUUGUUGGGUGUGAGUAAAAUGUUUUUUUUGUGAGUGAGAACAUUUUUCGGUCUAAGGUUUUCGGAUGUGUGAUUUUCUUCCUGUGAGUGAGAGGUUGUUUCGUGUGUGAGUAAGAGUAAUAAGAGAGAGAGCGCGAGAGAGAUGUUUUUGGGUGUGUGCCUAUUUUGGCCCGUGUAUGAGGUUUACUGAAGUGUGAGAAUGUUUGUAAGAAGUUUUUUUUUGUCACGAAAGAGGGGGAUUUUGUUGAUCGGAAUCUUUUUGGUGAGUCACAGAGGGUGGGAUCGCGAGAGGAUUUUUAGUGUGUGUGAGAGUUUUUUGUGGGUGCGUGUGAGGUUUUUUUUGGUGUGAAUGAGGUUUUUUUUUUGGAGUGUGGGAGAGAUUUUUGGGAAGGUGGGAUUUCUUUGGAGAAUGCGAGGGGAUAUUUGAGCCUAAAGUCGCCUUGCAGGCCUAAACCCAGCAGAUGAAAAGAAAUCCCAUGUGUUCUGUUUCCAGCGUAUUACCUCGUACAGCCUACUGGCACAGGGCCAUCGUGAGGCCGCUCGACAUCCCGACGUCGAGUUCUGCGGCCGGCAUCGUCCUGCGGGCGACGCUCGUCUGGAUCGUUUCCCUUGUCCUGGCACCUCCAGAGGCCAUCUUCUCUGACCUUCACGUCUUUAACGUUCCUUCCGGCAAUAAGAGCUUUGUCACCUGUGCGCCCUAUCCCCCUCGUGGCGAGCUGCACCCUAAGAUCCACUCCGCUGUCUCCUUCCUCGUUUUCUACAUCAUCCCACUGCUGGUCAUAGCGGUGUACUAUACCUUCAUCGCUAGUAGCCUGACGGGGAGUGUAUGCAAGCUGCCUGUGGAGGGGAAAACACAUGCAAGACGACAGGUCGAGUCAAGAAAACGCUUGGCCAAGACAGUGUUGGCAUUUGUGGCCCUCUGCGCCGAAUGCUGGCUGGCCGGUCACGCCAUCUUCUUAUGCCGCUCCUACCACUACUCAGAGCGAGAACCUUCAGAAGGAGUUCAAGGAGAACCUCUGCUGUUUCUGCCCUGAGAUCAUCAAAGCGUCCACGCACAGUCCAAAUCGUGACAUGCGCAUGACCUCUGCCACGCCACUGCGUGGCACGCUCAAGCUUUGACUUGCGUCUAAAUGUCCAUCGCAGAAACCCGUAUUGUCCUAUUACCGAUGUGUUUAUUGUCAUGAUUUUAUCUUUGUGUAAAUGAUCUAAAUUUCAGAUGAACAUUAAAGGAUGGAGUUUCA